AUGAUUGAUGGCAAAGCAUUCUACCGGCUUGACAAUGCCUUUGGUGCUUAUGGCGGCAGCGAGUACUGGGAGUUCUUGGUCCGCCAGGAGUGUGAACGCCAGCUCAAGGACGAAUAUGGAGUGGAGGAGAUCUCACCAAACAUCACCCAGCAACUUCUGGACAACUUCAACGUGAAGAAGAAGAUGCUAGGUCCGGAGCAGCCCCAAGACGUCAGCCUUCCCUACAUCCACGCCGACGACCACAUCUCCCUAGUCAGACUCGGAGAAGACACGGUGAACCAUCGGUUCGAAAAAGCGUUUCGAGCGCCGUUGGAAGUCUCUAGUGCCAAAAUGGUCGGGUUCGCCAAAUUGGGGGGAGGCGGCAGAGUCAUGGCCGGACUCCCAGAGCCCCUCUCCAUCGACGAUUUCCCGGUGGACACAUUGCGGAGCUGGACUCUCAAUGUGGCCAAAGGCGCCACUUACGCGACCGCAAACCAGCUCACAGUUACCGAGUUUCUGAAGCGCGGAGCUAUAUUCGCGGUGCAGUGUUUACAGCAGCCAACCAGUGGCAACAGGAGGAAUUUGGGCCGAGUCUGGGACGACACUGCUUUCUUUCUCAUGAAUCAGGCAGGGCUCAAACAGCACGGCAACAAGUCGGUAGAGAUAUACUUCAACGGCAAGGACGAGGUCAAGAUCAUAUGUGAUCCGUUUCGAGCCCCCGAAGACAACAACCAGGGCGCAAUGCCUCUGAAACAUCGCUGCUACGAGUUCCUGCUCUUCGAGGGCUGCUUGAAGAGGGGCUAUUGGACCUUUGAAUUGUCGCUGGUUGAUGGUGGAGAGGCCGGGUCUCUGCAACUUACGCGGAAAUAUCGACAACCCAAGCGCCAAUCCAAGCGGACAACAGUGGAUUCCACCAUCUUCCCCGUCUUCUUCCACGGUGGAUCGAACUGUUUGUACAUCGGCUCCAGGCUCGGCCGGUGGGGCGUGAGCCCAGGAGGAGGCGUCAAAAACGCGCUCGAUAUGCGCAUAGAGGACGGCGUAGCCAUCGCCCACGGGGAAGGCAUCAUGGCCUCGAGCCGUCCCGCCUCAGUCUCGGCGGCAUCAACUCCUGAACCUAAGAGCCCACGAGGCCAGCCCGACAGUGGAGUCGACGAGGAGACACAGGCCACCGAGCACCGGGAGGAGCAGAUGGACCCAGCCACGCCGCCUCGAGCAGAGGGCUCGGGCGGUUCGGUCGGAGCGCGGGCCAUCCAUAGCUCGAAGAAACGUGUGUUCCGACCAAUCUCGGACGCGGAAUCGCGCCCGGCCAAAACGCUGAAGCGCCAUCUGAUGACCCAGCGUGAGAGCGAGCGCGAGCGCGAACUGGACAUGCUGUACGAUAUCGAGAACGUCGACAUGUGGACUGAUGACUUGGUGAAAUGAUAGACUCGCAAGCCGCGAUGCAGAUGUUGCUUCCUUCAAAUUGUUUCGUAAUGUCAGAUCACCCCGUUUCCAAACCAAAUGUAUAAUACACAGUAGCAUGAGCUUGGAGGAUUUGUAACCUGUUAGUAAUU